CAUUGCGAUUAAAUGCGUAAAUUUAACGCGUUAUUUUUUGUAAAAUUAAUCGCACUGAAUUAACGCGUUUUAUCGACAGCCCUAAUAUAGAUGUCCUUUCUUCAUCAAUCAGUUCAUUUGGUGGCGGUAAUGCACCUCAAGCUUCGCCGACAGUAAACUCAAGAAGAAGAAAAAGAGGCGCUGGAAGCUCGGUCACAUGAUUCAAUCAUAACAAACGCGAACAUUGGGUCAGUUUACUGUAAAACAACAUACAUCCACCGAAAAAUAACAAAGAGUUAUUGGCUCGAGGGCGUCUUUGAGGGUCAUCAACUGGAUUAUUUAUAAAUGGAUUUGGAUUUACCACAGAAACGGAUGCGUAGAUCUGGUUCUUUACACAUCAGGAUUCACACCUUCAGUAAAGCCACACGAUCACAUCAGUUCACCAAUACACGCUGUGAUUAUCAUCCUACAUGUGAAGAACACGCUCCAGUCGAGUAGAAAUAAUUCCAGAUGUAACUUCUGAACUCUGCAUGACAUAAUAUUGUAAAGAUGGAUGUUGUUGAGCAAAAGGAAAGCGAGAAAAUAAGUGAUCCAGAACCCUGCAGAAUAGAAAACGAAGAUCCUGAAGAACAAAGAGAAGAAGAAAAAUCAUACGGGUCGGAACAACAUGAGGGUGAACAUAAUGGAAGUAAAAGAAGAAAACGAAGAGCUGAAUGAAGUGGAGUGUAACCAUAAAUUGGACCAUCAGUAUCAGAAACCUCACCAUUUAAUAACAGGAGAAAAAUCUACUAGUGGCUCACAGACUAAAAAGAAUUUCAAGAACCAAGAAGGAACUAAGAAAACAGAUGCCAGGCCAUUCACAUGCCUCCAGUGUGGUAAAACUUUCAAAAGAGCGUCAGAUGUCAAAGGUCAUCUGCGCUAUCACUCUGGCGAAAGGCCCUUUAACUGUGAUCAGUGUGGUAAAAAAUUUAUAUUGGCAUCACACUUAAAGACACACCUGACAGUUCAUACAAACGAGAAGCCGUACUUGUGUUCUAUUUGUGGAAAGAGUUUUUCACGGCUCAGCAUUUUUAAAGAUCAUGAGAAUAUACAUACUGGCGUUAGAGAUCAUGUGUGCUCUGAGUGUGGGAAUGCCUUUAUUACAGCCAACGCCUUGAAAAUGCACCAAAGAACUCAUACUGGAGAAAAACCCUACAAGUGCUCACACUGUGAAAGGAGUUUCUCUCAUUCAGGAGCCCUGAAAAGACACGAGAGGGUGCAUACUGGAGAGAGGCCGUACCACUGCCCUCUUUGUGGGAGGAAAUUCACCCAAUCCAGUAAUCUACUGACGCAUGUAAAAAAGCAUUGUCCAAAGUCACAUUGAUCAUCUUCAGCUGCAAUAUAAAUCAUGUGAAAUUCAGAAAACUAUGUAAUGAAUGUGGUAAUGGGAUAUGUGAUUAGCAAAUAAUUCAUACACUUGCCAACUCAGUUACAUCCUGUUGUUACUUUUACAUUUCUGAUGUCAGGUUCUUGAUUAUAUCUGAUUAAAUAACAAAUAUAACAUGAGUAUGCAAAUGAACAUGCUGUGUCUGGAAUGUGCUGAAUAUGUCCUGGCCAACACGAAGCACAUAAAAAAAUAUACAGACAUAUAAAGCAAAAAAUGACAUCAGAAUUGAAAUGAUCGAUUGCAAGGGGAGAACAACAGUAUUGAAAAAAAUUAUUACCAAAGCACUUUUCACUGUGUCCCAAAAAUAAAUUGUGAUUUAAAUGGAUCAUAUUUGGUUAUAAUGUAAUUUCCCCAUUAAUCCCACUUAAAAUGUUAAUUUCAGUUUGUUGCCAAAAUAAGUCAUAAAUUAGUUCUUCACACCCACUUUCCACCCUUUCCCUUAGAAAUAAACUGUUGGUCAUAUGUUGAUUUGCAGUUUCUUUGCAGGUACCAGAGAUAAGUUGCAGUCUGUUCAUAUUUACCAAUGAAACUGAGAAGUAUUUAAAGUGGAUGUAACAUUUUAGGUGUUAAAAUACUUUCUCUUAUCCCAGAAUAAUAUGCAGAGACUAAAUAUGCACAUUAAUGUAGACUGUAACUACAGAACAGUGUGAAGUAUGUUCCCCUAUAGAUCCUUUUCCGGAGGACCAACACACUCUUCCGCCAAAAGAACAAC